ACUGGUCGUUUACUUUUGUUGAUGGUGCUGUUGCAAAAAGCCUUGUCCUCAAGAGCUGAAAGUCAUUUGCUUCACAUUCACAGACGUGACAGUGCUUCCAGUCAUCAUGAGGAUCUCUGUGGUGUUUUUCCUGUCUGUCAGCUUUGCCAUGUUUGGAUUUGGCCGCUCGCUGCAGUGUUACUCCUGUCCUGACGGCUCCUCCAACAGCUGUGAAGUCAAAGAGGAGUGUAACCAAAAUGAUGACAGCUGCCUCAAACUCACCAGUGGUGAAAUGACAUACACCCAAUGUAUGAGGAACGCAGACUGUGACUUCAUGACCCUGGCCGUCAGAUAUGUCCUCCCCGACUUUGAGUUCGAGUGUUGUCAGUCAAACCUCUGCAAUGGACAAAAAAAAGGUUUCAUUCAGAAGAUUAAGGACUUCUUUGGUUAAGAAAUAAGAAAAAAGAACAAAUACAUUCAAAUUAAAACCUGACAUCAAGAUAUUGAUUCUUCUAUGUAUGUAGCAUUGAAUUCUUGCCGAGCAUUGUAACACACUCAGUAAAGUCUUGAUGAAAAUAUUCCAUGAAGACACAGGUAACAAAAUCAACUUUCUAUCUGAAAGAAGUGUACUUUUAAGUUCUAAUGCUGUGGUCGACAAAGCAACAGUGAAUCAUGUUUGACUGAUCUGAUGUCAGGAGACACACAUUAAAGAAAACUGUGCAAUUUG